AUGUCGACGACUAGUACGAUGAAGGCGCUGAAUUAUCUCGGUCCUUUCCAGGUCCGAGUUGAGGAGGUUGACAAGCCUAAAUUGGAGCAUCCGGAUGAUAUCAUUGUUAAAGUCACUACUGCUGCGAUCUGCGGUUCGGACUUACACAUGUACGAAGGCAGAACUGCUGCUGAGCCGGGCAUAACAUUUGGCCACGAAAACAUGGGCAUCGUCGAAGAAAUGGGCGACGGAGUGACGUUAUUGAAAAAAGGCGAUCGCGUCGUCAUGCCGUUUAAUGUUGCCGAUGGCCGGUGUCGCAAUUGCGAGGAAGGAAGAACGGCCUUUUGUACUGGUGUCAAUCCCGGAUUUGCUGGUGGUGCUUAUGGCUAUGUUGCCAUGGGGCCAUACCGUGGAGGCCAGGCGCAGUACAUCCGUGUUCCUUAUGCGGACUUCAAUGCUCUGAAACUGCCCCAGGGCACAGAGCAUGAAGCCGAUUUUGUUCUUCUUGCAGACAUUUUCCCAACCGGCUGGCAUGGGGUGGAAAUUUCCCGCUUCCAAGCAGGCGAGAGCAUUGCCGUGUUCGGCGCAGGCCCCGUCGGCUUGAUGGCCGCUUACUCGGCAGCUCUGCGCGGAGCAUCCAACAUCUACGUGGUCGACCGAGUCGCUGAGCGAUUAACGGCCGCCGAGAAGAUUGGCUGCAUUGCAAUUGAUUUUACCAAGGGAGAUGCCGUUGACCAGAUAAUUAGCCACAACGGUGGAAUGGUCGACCGCUCGGUCGAUGCUGUGGGCUACCAGGCUGUCGACCCCAACGGAUCCUCAGAAAAGCCGAACAUUGUGCUCGAGAAUAUGAUCCGUGUGACUCGUGCGUGUGGUGGGAUGGGGAUUCCGGGACUUUACGUGCCUAGCGAUCCUGGUGCCUCGGAUGCAGCAUCCGCAAAUGGAAUGAUCAGUCUCAGUUUUGGAAAGCUCUUUGAGAAGGGCCUCUCUCUCGGCACCGGUCAGUGCAAUGUCAAGUCGUAUAACCGAUACCUUCGAGACAUGAUCGUCGCGGGCAAGGCAAAGCCGAGCUUUGUUAUCUCACAUGAGAUCGGCCUGGCCGAUGCGGAGGUCGCGUAUGAGAAGUUUGACAAGAGAGAAGACGGGUACACCAAAGUGAUUAUCCAUCCGAACGGGGGCUUUGAUUAA